AAAUUAGUAAAAAAUACGACAUUCAGCAAGUGGAAAGUGUUUUAAUCAUAUAUAUAUUUAUUAGUUUCAAUAGUCUUAUAUAUAUAGUUAUAUAUAAACACUAGUAGAUAUAACAUAGUGUUUUUAUGGAAAUUGUUAUUUAUUUUGUGUUUAUUAUUAAAGCCCAAUAUGAUUGAAUUAGUGCUACUAGCAGCAACUAUUUUACUAGUACUUAUGGUGGAAAAUAAAAGAAGAGAAAAAACAUAUAAAUUUUUUUACAAACUCCCGUACCCCUUUUGGAUUCCAAUUAUAGGAAAUUCUUAUAUAUUUGUUAAGAGAAAUAUAUUAAAGGUUCUUCAAAAAACAUACAAGAUUUAUGGAGAUUCUUACAUAUUGUAUAUACCCCAUAGAACAUAUUUUUCAUCAAUACCUGAAGAGAUAAAAAUUAUUUUAAACAAUCCACAUUGUUUAAACAAAAGUAAAGAAUACCACCAUUUGGAAAUUAUAUUGCCAAAUACCGUAUUUCUUGUUAAAGCACAAAGGUGGAGAAAGCUAAGAAAAAUUCUUUCGAAAAGUUUUAAACCCUCCAUUUUGGACUUAUUUACAGAUACAUUUUACGAAAAAAGUUGUGUACUGGUGGACAUAUUAAAAAAAGACAAUGAACAGGAUAUUUGCUAUUUGUUCCAAAAGCUUACGUUGGAUAAUUUUAGCGAGGCUACUUUGGGAGUUAAAUCAACAAUUUUACAGGAUGAGAAGGAACAUAUCUUUGUUACGGGUGUAAAGGAAAUACAACGUCUAGCUUUCAACAGAAUAGGAAACCUUAUAAAAAUGAACGAUUUUUUAUUUUCAUGUAUGAGAGAUUGCAAAGAUAUUAAAUAUUAUAUUAAUGCCCUUUACAGACAUAUAAGCAAGAUUAUGGCUGAAAAACGGGUGUUAAUGGCUAACGAAAAUGACGCAAUGUUAAAUACAAGCAAACUUCCUAUUUUGGAUUUAUUAUUACAAGUUUCUGAAAAAGAAGAACUGACUAAUGAAUAUAUAGAGGAGGAGAUGGUACUAUUUGCAGCAGCAGCAACAGAUACUACAGCUUAUAGUAUGGCUUUUACAUGCUUUAUGUUGGCGUUGCAUCCAGAAAUACAGGAAAAAGUGUACCAGGAGGUAAUGUCAGUGUGUGGAAACCAGGAAAUUGAAACUUCUAACCUUAAUGAUCUAAAAUAUACAGAAAUGGUGAUAAGCGAAGCUCAGAGAUUAUUUCCAGUCAUACCUAUGAUUGGCAGAACAAAUACAGUAGACAUUGACUUAGGUGACAAAAUAAUUCCUGCCAAUACAAAUAUUACAUUAAACUAUAUGGCACUACAUAGAAAUCCUAAAUAUUAUACGGAUCCUUUAGUUUUUAAUCCAAACAGAUUUUUACCAGAAGAAAUAGCAAAAAGGCCACCCUAUACAUUUUUACCAUUUUCUGCAGGCCCAAGAAAUUGUAUAGGAAUGAAAUAUGCUUUGAUGGUAAUGAAAACUUCAAUAGCUAAUAUAGUAAGACAUUUCUAUUUAACGACUUCCCACAAAUCUUUUGAAGAAAUAGACGUUGAAUCUAGUGCAGUACUGAUGCCUAUAACUCCGUUAGAUAUUAAGUAUACCGAGCGAGAAAUAAAUUAGAUUUUACAAAAUAAAAAUGGUACAGUUUUA